GGGCGGGCGCUGAGGUUGGCCCGCUGACUUCAGAGGAGUCCGCUUCUUACUCGAGGCUUCCGGACGCCUCCUACUCACUGAUACACCGAAGAAAGGGUGUGCAAAUUCAGAGCAGCGUUCCUUUGGAGGCGGGACAGUGGCAAAACAGAACGUAGGCACGUCCCGCCAUCGAGCUUUGGUCCCGGCAGAGCGCACGCAUCCAACCGUCCAAUCAACAUCUAGGGGCGGGGCCAGGCCGCCGGGCGGGGCUUCGGAGAUAGGUGGAGCCGAGCCCACCUUCUCCAAUGGAAUGCAGGCAGAGGCGGGCCUAGAGGCAGAAGAAGCAUGGCGUGGACACAGCUGAAAAAGCGGGCCCUGGAUGCAGCCAUCAUCCUUGGGGGUGGAGGAUUUCUCUUCACCUCUUACCUGACAGCCACGGGGGAUGACCAUUUCUAUGCUGAAUACCUGAUGCCGGCUCUGCAGAGGCUGCUUGAUCCAGAGGCGGCCCACCGGCUAGCUGUUCGAGUUACCUCCCUGGGCCUCCUUCCUCGAGCUACAUUUCAGGACUCCGACAUGCUGGAAGUGAGAGUCCUGGGCCGAAAAUUCCGAAAUCCAGUAGGGAUUGCUGCAGGAUUUGACAAGCACGGGGAAGCCGUGGACGGACUCUACAAGCUGGGCUUUGGUUUUGUAGAGGUGGGAAGUGUGACUCCCCAGCCUCAGGAAGGAAACCCCAGGCCCAGAGUAUUCCGUCUCCCUGAGGACCAAGCUGUCAUUAACAGGUAUGGAUUCAACAGUCACGGGCUCUCAGUGGUGGAACACAGGCUACGGGCCAGACACCAGAAGCAGACACAGCUCACUGCAGAUGGGCUACCUCUGGGAAUAAAUCUGGGGAAGAAUAAGACUUCAGUGGAUGCUGCUGCAGACUAUGUAGAGGGUGUUCGCAUCUUGGGCCCCUUGGCCGACUACCUGGUGGUAAACGUGUCCAGUCCCAACACUGCUGGUCUGAGGAGCCUACAAGGAAAGACUGAGCUCCGCCACCUGCUGUCCAAGGUGCUGCAGGAAAGGGACGCCUUGAAGGGAACACGGAAGCCAGCAGUGCUGGUGAAGAUCGCCCCCGACCUCACGGCCCAGGACAAGGAGGACAUUGCCAGCGUGGCGAGAGAGCUGGGCAUCGAUGGACUGAUUAUCACAAACACCACAGUGAGUCGCCCUGUUGGCCUCCAGGGUGCUCUACGCUCUGAGACAGGAGGACUGAGUGGGAAGCCACUCCGAGAUCUGUCAACCCAGACCAUCCGGGAGAUGUACGCCCUCACCCAAGGCAGGAUUCCCAUUAUCGGGGUUGGUGGUGUGAGCAGUGGACAGGAUGCCUUGGAGAAGAUCCAGGCAGGGGCCUCCCUGGUGCAGCUGUACACGGCCCUCACCUUCCUGGGGCCACCAGUUGUGGUCAGGGUCAAGCGUGAGCUGGAGGCACUUCUAAAAGAACGGGGUUUUAACACAGUGACAGACGCCAUUGGAGCAGAUCAUCGAAGGUGACGGUACCUGCCUGAAGCCCCACCCAGAACGUGCCUACCAACUCAAGUAAGCUGCACGACUGCAUCGUGAGAGGAAGAACAGUCUCAAGCCAUGUCCCUUGAACUGUGGCCUGGAUGGACUGCACAAGCCAGUUGUGGGCAUCACUAGCCUGUGAAGGAUUUCUCUAGUUACUUGAUGAGAUCACAGAUCCCACUAUCUCUAGAUCUAAAUGUCACUGAUUAAAUGAUUAAUACUAAAUCUCUAGAUUUACUGGGAUUGCUCAGUAUCAUAAGGACAUUGGCUUCUUGGGAGGAAAAGUCAUGGAGAAAAUAAAGCUACUUAAGCC